GCAGUGGAUAUAAAGAAUUCCCGCCAAUCUAGACGCUUCAUUUCAGUAGCUUCCUCAGCAAUUCGUCUUCUCAGCUCGCCUCAAUGUCGAAGAAGAGAGGUCUUUCGUUAGAUGAGAAGCGUGAGAAGAUGCUUCAAAUCUUUUACGACUCUCAAGAUUUCUUCCUUCUAAAGGAGCUUGAGAAGUCAGGCCCAAAGAAAGGUGUUAUUUCUCAGUCUGUGAAAGAUGUGAUCCAAAGUUUAGUGGAUGAUGACCUUGUUUUCAAAGACAAGAUAGGAACCUCUGUGUAUUUUUGGAGUCUUCCUAGCACUGCUGGAAACCAGCUUAGGAAUGUGAAUAGCAGACUUGAAUCUGAUCUCCAAAGCAGUAAGAAGCGUCAUGCAGAACUUGUUGAACAGUGUAAUGCCCUGAAGAAGGGACGUGAGGAUUCUGAAGAACGAGAUGAGGCCUUAGCUGAUCUAAAAGCCAUAGAGCUAAAGUAUAAUGAGCUGAAGGAUGAGAUGGCGCAGUAUGCAGACAAUGAUCCAGCUGCCUUUGAAGCAAUGAAGAAAGCAAUUGAAGUUGCCCAUACAGCAGCUAAUCGAUGGACAGACAACAUUUUCACAGUGCGCCAGUGGUGUUCAAAUAACUUUCCGCAGGCCAAAGAGCAGCUUGAGAACUUGUACAACGAGAUUGGAAUAACAGAGGACUUUGACUAUAUAGAGAUGACACUAGCUCCACUGAGCUCAGUUAUUAAUUAGAUCCUGAAUGGCACCGCAUGGUAAAUACAGUAUGGUUUGUAAUUCCUUAGAUUUCAAUUGUCAAUCACCACUAUGGCUUGUAUCGAACAAGGAAAUGCUGUUUCCUUUAGCUUUAUGCAUCAUAAUGGUACUAAGAACACAGGUUGAUAUGAUACUUAAUGACUCAAUCUAACAUGUUUGUUUACUUAAA